GCUUCUUCUAGCGCUGGGUCGACAUGCCACCCUCCCAUGGAUAGACCCCAUGCCUGACCUCCAUCCCUCCCUCCCUCCCUCCCACCCACCUCCGGGGCAUUAUCCAAAUAAUUUUGCGUUAGCAGAAAAUUGGGGCAUCGAGAAGAAUGCGGAGAAAAGGUGCGGGACAAAAGGCUCCUGGCGUUGGCGUUUCGCAAGGAGAGGGUGGGCAUAAAGAGGCGGAUCAGCCAUGGCAGAGGAGGGAGGCAGGCAGGCCAGCCACGAGGUGUGGUGCGACCCGCAGAGCUUGUGAUGCGAGCGAAUGAAGCGAGCGAGAAGAGAAGCCUCUCUCUCUCUCUCUCUCUGCACGUACAGAUAUACGUAAAUACUCGAGUACGAGGGUAGCGUCAGCAGAGUGACGAAUACAAUACGGUCCGAGAAGGUCUACGGUGACGUGUCCGGGCUCGUCCCGCUGUGCUCCACCAAGUACAGCAGCAGCAGCAGAAGCAGCAGGGGGAGCGAGCAAUUGGCAAAACCCGGGGCGCCGGGCGGUCUUCAAAACUCUGCGAUCUGCUCUCGUGCCCCGCAUUUGCGUCUCGCGCCAGCCACUGGCAUCGUGCACUCUCCACCCGGUGAGUGAUUUCGCUGCCCCCAACUCCAACUCCAGCUCCAGCAUCCUCCUCCUCCUCCUCCUCCUCCAUCCCCAUUGACUCGCUCGACGCUUGACGGGCCGUUUGACCGAUCAUUGCCUCGGUCUCCUCUGGUAGUUGUGAUCGGACUCGAGGGAGGGACCAGAGAGUAGGGAACCGUAAAGAACGGAAUGGAAGAGGAGAGAUGUGGGAUUUGAUGUGCAGCAGCAGUAGUAGUAGCAGCAGGGAGAGGAGGAUUUGGGGCCCAGGGCAGAGACGGGAGAAAGGUUUCUUCGGCGGGAUUUGAUUCUGUGUACGAGUCGAUCAUUUGCGUCAACCUGUGUGUGUGUUGUUUGUUGGGUUGGGGCGGGCGGGCGGUGGGGAGGGGGAGCGCAUUGCUUUUGUGCUCGUUUGUGGGGUAGAAGGGAGUGCCCAUUUUUCCGAGAAGGGCACGCGAAGGCAAGGCGAAGGAGACGAGUGGCCAGGUGAGGGAAGGGUGUUCUGGUGCCGCCGCUGCUGCUGCUCCUGCCGCCGGUGGAACCCACAGCAGAGAGGCAGAGAGGCAGAGAGGCAGAGUGAGAGAGAGAUAGAGAGAGGGUGGGAGGGAGGGGAGGGAGAGAGGGGGGCGGUAGGAGUGGUAAAGAGAGUAGAGCAGGUAUAAGACGAGGGGAGGGGACCCACUGGCAGCCGCGGCGUCAAAUCAUUUCAUAGGUCCCGGAACGCAUCCCAAGAAUCUCGUCGCUUCGUGGGCUGAAUUUGCACACGGUGUCCUCGUUGCUGUCUUGUGCACACUCCGUGCCGGUCUCCAAAUCUUCCGGAUUCUCCCCCUUGUCUUCCUUUCGUCGCCCAUCCCGGUCUUCUCCUCAAAUCCCCCCUCCCCCCAGCCAUACUUGUACUCAGGGACUCGCCCGGAGACACUGCUUGUUCUCCCUCCUCUCCUCUGCACUCGUCUCCUUCCUCUCUUCUCCCUGACAAUCCAGGGACCGCAGCCUCGAGUCGUUUAAAUCAAUGUGUUCUGUGGUUCGACUUCCGUCGCUCGGUUUUUAAGGGGUUGUUGUUAUUUUUUUUCGGGUGAACAGAGUGUGCAGUGGCAGUGCUGUGGUCGCUGUCCGCUAAGCGCCCAGCAUGGGCGACAACGAAAAAAUGAGCAAGUUCGAGUCCAUCAAUAAUGAGACCGUCGAUCUGGAACACAUUCCCUUGGAGGAGGUGUUUGAGCAGCUGCGAUGUACCCGGCAAGGACUCACCUCAGCCGAAGGAGAGGAGCGUCUGGUGAUUUUCGGCCACAACAAGCUCGAAGAAAAAUCGGAAAGCAAAGUUCUGAAAUUCCUCGGGUUUAUGUGGAACCCGUUGUCAUGGGUCAUGGAAGCUGCUGCGAUUAUGGCUAUUGCUCUGGCGAAUGGAGGGGGACGGCCUCCUGAUUGGCAAGACUUCGUGGGUAUCAUCACCCUUCUGGUUAUCAACUCAACCAUUAGUUUCAUCGAAGAAAACAAUGCUGGAAACGCAGCUGCCGCAUUGAUGGCUCGGCUUGCUCCUAAGUCGAAGGUGCUUCGUGACGGAGUAUGGGCUGAACAAGAUGCAGUUAUUUUAGUACCUGGUGACAUAGUGAGCAUCAAACUUGGUGAUAUCAUCCCGGCGGACGCUCGCCUUCUGGAAGGAGAUCCUUUAAAAAUUGAUCAGUCUGCCCUUACUGGAGAGUCUCUACCCGUCACUAAGCACCCAGGAGAUGGUGUGUAUUCUGGAUCCACCUGCAAACAAGGAGAAGUCGAAGCUGUUGUCAUAGCCACUGGAGUUCACAGUUUCUUUGGUAAAGCUGCUCAUCUGGUAGACAGCACCAAUCAAGUGGGACACUUUCAAAAGGUCCUUACAGCUAUUGGGAAUUUCUGUAUAUGCUCCAUCGCUAUCGGUAUGUUGGUGGAGAUCGUGGUGAUGUUCGCUAUUCAGGAUCGGAAGUACCGUGCAGGUAUCGACAAUCUUUUGGUUCUAUUGAUCGGAGGUAUUCCAAUUGCCAUGCCCACCGUUCUUUCGGUGACGAUGGCUAUCGGAUCUCACCGUCUUGCACAGCAGGGUGCUAUUACAAAGAGGAUGACAGCUAUUGAGGAGAUGGCUGGCAUGGAUGUUCUCUGCAGUGACAAAACUGGAACAUUAACCCUCAACAAACUGACGGUUGACAAGAACUUGAUUGAGACGUUUACUCCUGGAGUUGACAAGGAUAUGGUUGUGCUGCUUGCGGCGAGGGCAUCAAGAACGGAAAAUCAAGAUGCUAUCGAUGCAGCUAUCGUGAACAUGCUUGCGGAUCCGAAAGAAGCCAGAGCAGGUGUUCAGGAGAUUCACUUUCUGCCAUUCAAUCCAACAGACAAGAGAACUGCUUUGACCUACGUUGAUAACGAAGGUCACUGGCACAGGGCUAGCAAGGGUGCACCAGAGCAGAUUCUGGAACUUGCCCACAACAAGGACAUCAUCAGUUCAAGAGUGCAUGCUGUGAUUGAUAAAUUUGCCGAGCGCGGUUUAAGAUCUCUUGCUGUCGCACGUCAGAAAAUUCCUGAAGGAACCAAGGAGAGUGCUGGUGGGCCAUGGGAAUUUUGUGGAUUGCUGCCCCUCUUCGAUCCUCCUCGACACGACAGUGCUGAAACUAUUCGCCGUGCUUUGAAUUUGGGCGUAAACGUGAAGAUGAUUACAGGUGAUCAACUUGCAAUUGCGAAGGAAACUGGUCGUCGUCUUGGUAUGGGUAUCAACAUGUACCCGUCGUCUUCACUAUUGGGUCAGCACAAGGAUGAAGCUAUUGCCGCUCUCCCUAUCGAUGAGUUGAUUGAGAAGGCUGACGGAUUUGCUGGAGUGUUCCCAGAGCACAAGUACGAAAUCGUGAAGCGUCUCCAAGAGAAGAAGCACAUCUGCGGUAUGACUGGUGAUGGUGUUAAUGAUGCUCCAGCUCUUAAGAAAGCAGAUAUCGGAAUAGCAGUAGCCGAUGCUACAGACGCGGCAAGAAGUGCGUCCGACAUUGUCCUCACUGAGCCUGGUCUAAGUGUCAUCAUCAGUGCAGUUUUGACCAGUCGUGCCAUUUUCCAAAGGAUGAAGAACUAUACAAUUUACGCUGUGUCCAUCACCAUUCGUAUUGUGCUCGGUUUCUUGCUCUUGGCUCUCAUUUGGAAGUUCGACUUUUCUCCUUUCAUGGUUCUGAUUAUUGCGAUAUUGAACGAUGGUACUAUCAUGACGAUCUCCAAGGACAGAGUGAAACCUUCUCCUCUGCCUGAUAGCUGGAAGUUGAAAGAAAUUUUUGCCACCGGUGUCGUACUGGGAACUUAUCUUGCUGUUAUGACCGUUGUGUUCUUCUGGUUAGCACACAAGACUACAUUUUUCCAGGAAAAGUUUGGUGUCCGAGAUAUCUCCGGCGAUAGGAAUGAGUUGACAGCUGCUGUAUACUUGCAAGUCAGCAUUGUCAGUCAGGCGCUCAUUUUCGUCACCCGUUCUCGAAGUUGGUCUUUCCUCGAGCGUCCUGGAUUUCUGUUGGUGGCCGCUUUCUGGAUCGCUCAGCUGAUUGCCACCUUCAUCGCUGUGUACGCCAACUGGUCCUUCGCUUUCAUCAAGGGUAUUGGAUGGGGUUGGGCUGGAGUCAUUUGGCUCUACAGUUUGAUAUUUUACAUCCCCCUUGACAUCAUAAAGUUCCUCGUACGUUAUAUUCUCAGCGGUCGCGCAUGGCAUUACAUGAUCAACCAAAGGACUGCCUUCACCACUCAGAAGGAUUUCGGAAAGGAGGCUCGUGAAAUGAAAUGGGCUCACGCUCAGAGAACUCUACAUGGUCUUCAAUCCCCGGACGUGAAAAUGGCUGGAGAUAGAGGAAGUUACAAGGAGUUAAACGAUAUUGCCGAGCAAGCGAAGAGGCGUGCCGAGAUUGCCAGGUUGAGAGAGUUGAAUACGCUGAAGGGACAUGUGGAAUCGGUCGUCCGUAUGAAGGGUUUAGAUAUCGACACUAUUCAGCAAGCGUACACAGUAUAAUCUACAAUGACGAAAUUAUUAUUCGAAAUAUUGGCUGGUGAUGGCCGAGAUAAGUCGGCUGAGUUCGUAGAAUGGGGCUGCCUUGAAGGCUUCAGUCAUGCAACAAAUUUCCACAGGCCUGAUUGUAAAAAGAAGGGCGUCAAGGCUUGUGGGUAAACCUCGAUGCCAAUUGCGUCGGUGCUCUUUUUUGCAAAUCUUAAACCUGAAGAGGUUUGGAACAGGUGACUAAGUGCGCCAGACAUACUAAGCGACCUGCAAUCCAGACCGGUCCCUACAUAUGUAAUCUCAUUAUCCUCGAGAUUGGAGAAGUGGCUUCGUCUUCUGAGCCGCCGAAGAGCUACUGUGGAGACAGAGGCACUUGUUGAUAGAUUAGGGAGAUAGAAUAUUGAUUCUUGAGGAAAGGCCGAGGAGUAACUGUAGAGUUGUUGGAGAACGUGAAUGUGAGAAGCGAAUAUGCUCAAGAGUACGACAUUCGGUGUCCGAUUUGAGAAAACUUAGCUGUUCGGCUGGUGUUUGGUCCGAAAACCCGACUAGAGUGAGUGGGUGAGGUGUUUGAAUCCAAUGAAUGUUUGGCGCUGCCUAAGUUGGCAGUCUCACAUAAUGUAAAAUUCUGCAGUCACGCAGAUUGGCUUA